CUUCUAUAUGUACCCAACCAGAAAUACGAGAACGAACCCGCUUCAGACAACAAUCCUCUCUCUCUGCAUCCUUCGAAAUGUCUUACUCUACACCACUGCCUCAACCUUCAUAUGCUCGAGAACGACCCGUAGCCACCGGUGUCCCAAUUGACGACUCUCCGUUCCAGAAAACCCCAAUUUCAUUUCAGAACCAACCCCGGCCUCAACCUCAGCCUCAACCUCUAGUUCCUUGGUCUACUGGCCUUUGCGGUUGUUUUGAUGACUGCAGCAAUUGUUGCUUGACAUGCUGGUGCCCGUGCAUUACAUUUGGUCAGAUAUCCGAAAUCCUCGAUAGAGGAUCCUCUGCUUGUGGAGUGAACGGCGCACUGUAUACCCUAAUAGCAAUUCUGACCGGUUGUUCUUGGGUAUAUUCGUGCAUGUACCGUUCCAAAUUCAGAAAAACCUACAACUUGGAGGGGAACAGUUGUACUGAUUGCCUAAUUCAUUUUUGUUGCGAACCUUGUGCCCUAUGCCAAGAAUAUAGGGAACUCAAGAACAAGGGUUUCGAUGUGUCAUUAGGAUGGCAUGGUAACAUGGAAAGGGGCAGAGAGGGAGAUGUGGCUUUGACUCCACCUGCUGCAUAUGGAAGCAUGGAACGAUAAAGAUGACGAAAAAGCAUGCUUGAAUUGGUUUUAUUUGUGAACUUGUUCUCUGGUGUCUGCAAUAUCCAUCUUUUUAUGUAAACAGGGUUGCCAUUUUGCCAAAAAGAAUGUUACCCCGAAACCAAAGCAUUAGCAAUUGGGGCGGCGUUUUAUACCAUACAUGUUAUUUGUCUCACGCACUGGUGCAUAGUAAAAGUGGUGUUUAAGCAUA